CGUAUUUCCGGCGCGCCUCCGGCCGCCCGCUCCUCAGCUACCGUCCCGGCGCGGCCCUGGCGCUUGUUCGCACCCGGCGAGAUGGGCAAGAAGGGGAAGAAGGAGAAGAAGGGCCGCGGGGCGGAGAAGACGGCCGCCAAGAUGGAGAAGAAGGUGUCCAAGCGCUCGCGGAAGGAGGAGGAAGACCUGGAAGCUCUCAUAGCGCACUUCCAGACGCUGGAUGCCAGGAGGACUCAGGUCGUGGAGACGCCCUGCUCCCCGCCGUCUCCCAGGUUAAAUGCCUCACUCUCCGCGCAUCCUGAGAAAGAUGAGUUAAUCCUUUUCGGAGGUGAAUAUUUCAAUGGCCAAAAAACGUUGCUGUACAACGAACUCUACACCUACAGCAUCAGGAAGGACGCCUGGACCAAGGUUGACAUCCCCAACCCACCUCCGAGGCGCUGUGCCCACCAGGCUGUGGCGGUGCCCCAGGGCGGCGGACAGCUCUGGAUCUUCGGCGGGGAGUUUGCCUCUCCUGAUGGAGAGCAGUUCUACCACUACAGGGACCUCUGGGUCCUUCACUUGGCCACCAAGACCUGGGAACAAGUCAGGUCGCCCGGGGGUCCUUCCGGCCGGAGUGGACAUCGGAUGGUGGCCUGGAAGAGACAGCUGAUCCUCUUUGGUGGCUUCCAUGAGAGCACAAGAGAUUACAUUUAUUACAACGACGUGUACACCUUCGACCUGGACACCUCGACCUGGACCAAGCUGUCCCCGUCAGGGACGGGGCCCACGCCCCGGUCGGGCUGCCAGAUGUCCGUCACUCCCCAGGGCAGCAUCGUCAUCUACGGCGGCUACUCGAAGCAGAGGGUCCGGAAGGACGUGGACAGAGGCACCCAGCACGGCGACAUGUUCCUGCUGAAGCCUGAGGAGGGGAGAGAAGGCCGGUGGGCGUGGACCCGGAUUAACCCUUCUGGAGCCAAGCCCACCCCAAGGUCCGGCUUUUCAGUGGCUGCGGCCCCAAACCAUCAGACGCUGCUCUUCGGGGGGGUGUGUGACGAGGAGGAGGAGGAGAGCCUGCAGGGCGACUUCCUGAACGACCUGUACUUCUACGACCCCGCCAGGAACCGCUGGUUCGCGGGACAGCUGAAGGGGCCCAAGGCGGAGAAGAGGAGGCGCAGGCGGGGCAAACGAGCGGAGCCUGGCACGGCCGACAAGCAGGAAGUGGAGGGGCCAGGCGCCCCGGAGCCCCUGGAGGUGGUCAGAGAGGUGGUCUCAGAGGCCGGCACUGUGGUCACCAUUAAACAGGUGCUCGCUGCCCCCAGCUCCGCAGGACGGCCAGCGUCCGACGAUGACGAGGACAGCCCCGACGAGGCAGGAGUCCCCACGGUGGAGCCCAGCCCCCGCUCCAACGCCAUGCUGGCCGUGAAGCACGGGCGGCUCUACCUCUAUGGUGGCAUGUUUGAGGCCGGCGACCGCCAGGUCACCCUCAGCGACUUGUACUGCCUGGACCUCCACAAGAUGGACGCGUGGACGGCCUUGGUGGAGGCGGAUCCAGAGAAUCAGGAGUGGUUGGAGGAGACAGACUCGGAGGAGGACAGCGACGAGGUGGAGGGUGCCGAGGGCGGCGGGGAGGACGACGAGGACGACGAGGACGAGGAGGAGGAGGAGGACGACGAUGGCGGGGAGCACCACCCCUCAGUGAUGCCCAGCGAGCCGUUUGUAGACUACCUGCCCAGGACGGAGCAGUACUGGGUGAAGCUUGCCCGCGAGGCCGCUGCACCCGGCGCCCAGGAGAAGAGAGUGCUGAGGUCGGCCCAGGCCAUGGCCAAGGCUUUCUUCGAGGCCUCGGCGUGAGCCCCACACGGCCCGAGGUUAGACUGUGGGAGCUGAGGUUCCCUGCCCUCAGCUUGCUGAGUGCGGCCUGAGCUGGACUUGGCACUUGCCGCUGGGAACGUGGUCCUGCUGCUGCAGCCUCCGGGUUCUGGCGGGCGUCCGAGCUGAGGGCGAGCUGCCCGCACAGGAGGCGGCCCUGUGCCUGAGAAGUGGGACGUUGGGCUCUGGCGGGGGUUCUUGUGUGCAGAACUGGGAGACCAAUGUUCUAGCUGACCUCACGUCAGCAACCCAGA